AUGACUCGACUUGAUAUUGCUUAUGCCGUGAGUGUCGAGAGUCAAUUCAUGCACUCUCCUCGUACCCCUCACCUUGAUGCAGCUAUUCGGAUCCUUCGCUACUUAAAAGGGUGUCCGAGCCAUAGUAUUUUGUUUGCCAAUCAUGGUCACUUAAGUGUUGAGGCUUGGACAGAUGCUGAUUAUGCAGGAUCAGUUUCAAAUAGGAGGUCAACUUCGGAUUAUUGUACCACUAUUGGUGGUAACUUGGUUACUUGGCGCAGUAAGAAACAGGAUGUUGUCUCUCGAUCUAGUGUAGAGGCAGAGUAUAGGGCUAUGGCUCUUGGGCUUGCAGACAUUCUUACAAAGGGAGUCAACAAGAUUGUGUUUGAGAAUGCACUGUCCAAGUUAGACGUUUCAGAUAUCCACGCACCAACUUGA